AUGGAGGAAGCUCAGCCGGUGGAGAAAGAGUUCCAAGACACACCGAACCCCCCUGCCAUUGUAGGACGGUAUCAGGGAAGGGCAGAGAAGUUGGAUCAGAGCCUGGAACCCGGCGAGUGGGUCUUGGUGCUGCUUUCGUACCUCAUCCUCAUUCUGACUUUUCCCGUCUCUGUCUGGAUGUGUCUGCAGAUUGUCAAUGAAUAUGAGCAAGUUGUCAUCUUAAGGCUGGGACACAUGUGGAAAGGAGGAGAGGUACGACCAGGGGUGUACUUCAUCUUGCCCUGCAUUGAUAUCCUGAUCAGAGUGGACAUGAGGACCAGGUUUCUGGAUCUGCCUCUCCACGAAGUUCUCACCAAAGACCCGCUGUCCCUCGAAAUCGACGGUGCCAUUUAUUACCGGAUCCACAACCCCGUCCUGGUGAUACGGAACGUCACGGAUCCAGACUCGGCCAUUUUGCUCCUGACGCAGACCACUCUGGGGGACGUUUUGAAGACCAAAUACCUCUCUCAGAUCAUCUGCAAUCGGGACAACGUUGCACAGAACGUACAGUCCAUUGUAGACAAUACCAUCGGCUCCUGGGGGAUAACGCUGGAGAAUUUAGAAAUCAAGACUGUGAAGACCAAAGUCAAGUCAGAGCACCCGGUGGCCAAACACGGUGGGAGCCCAGCCUCGUCUGGAGGGUCCACGACGCCUCCUUGUUCUGAAUUAAAGGAGAAGGAGGGCCAAGCGGAGCCCUCCCAGACUGUAAAGGAGUCCUUGCCCGCUGAUACGGAGACGCCCGCCUCCUUCAAAUUGGACUGUGUGCAGAAAGAAACUAUUGACGGCGUGGCCCACGAAAGCCUCAACCAACGCGCACAGAAUUCAUUACAGAACCAGGAAAAGUUGGAAGAAGGUCCUUCUCUGGUGAAAGACUAG